AUGUCACUUGAUUCAGUUGUCUAUUUUAUCCUUUCCAGAUUAUUCAUCUACCUGUUUCGUCUGAUACGUAUUAUACUUUAUCCAUUUGCCAAGCUAGGAUCAUGGCUUUGCGGUGAUUAUUUAGUCAAACUAGAUAGGAGACAUAGAAUUAGGGAAGAUUUCUAUAUUAUUCCAACUUUUUUCAAAUAUGUGUUCCAAUACAUUUGGGCUGUAAGAAUUCAUAAGUUUCAAAAUUGGUAUAUCUUUGUCGAUCAAGUGAAGAACCAAGGUGAUAACCUUGCUGUUCGUUAUACUAGGGCACUUCCAACUAAAGGUGAAUUUGAACUGGAAUCCUACACAUAUAAAGAAUUAUACAACAUUGUAUUAAGACUAUCCUAUAUUCUAAUAAAUACGUAUGAUGUUAGGCCUGGUGACCACAUCGGGAUUGAUUGCACUAAUAAACCAUUAUUCAUCUUCUUAUGGUUUUCAUUAUGGAAUAUUGGUGCUGUCCCAGCAUUCCUGAAUUAUAAUACCAUGGGAAAACCAUUAGUUCAUUCGUUGAAAAUAUCUAAUAUUGCUCAGGUGUUUAUCGACCCAGAUGCAUCUGAACCAAUUAAUCAGUCUGAAGAAGAGAUUAAAAAUGCAUUACCAAAUUUAAUCUUAAACUAUUUGGAUGAAAAGAGUCUAUAUGAUAUUAUAAUGAAUCCAAACUCUCCUGAAUUUCUACAAGAUGACAAUAUUAGAUCACCAAGGGAUUUAACAGAUUUUAAACCUUCAAUGCUGAUAUACACAUCUGGUACAACAGGUUUACCAAAAGCUGCCAUUAUGUCAUGGAGAAAAUCUUCUGUAGGUUGCAAACUAUUUGGUCAUGUGCUACACAUGAAUCCUGAUAGUAUUGUCUUUACUGGUAUGCCGUUAUUUCAUUCCACUGCCGCUUUGUUAGGUGCAUGUGCCAUCCUUUCGCAAGGUGGUUGUAUUGCAUUAGCUAGUAAGUUCUCUGCUACAAAUUUUUGGAAACAAGCAUACCUAACAGAGGCAACUCAUGUCCAAUAUGUCGGUGAAGUUUGUAGAUAUUUAUUACAUACACCUAGGUCAAAGUAUGAAUCUAUACAUCGUGUUAAGGUCGCUUAUGGGAACGGUUUAAGAAGUGAUAUUUGGCAAAAUUUUCGUAAGAGGUUUAACAUUGAAGUUAUUGGCGAAUUCUAUGCAGCCACUGAGGCACCAUUUGCAACCACCUCUUUCCAAAGAGGUGAUUUCGGUGUUGGUGCAUGUAGAAACUAUGGUACUAUUAUCCAAUUUUUUCUUCAAUAUCAACAAACAUUGGUUAAAGUAGAAAAGAAUGAUGACUCUGUAAUUUAUCGAAAUGAAAAAGGAUUUUGUGAAGUUGCUGAUGUUAAUGAGCCUGGUGAAAUGUUAAUGAGAAUUUUUUUCCCCAAGAAACCAGAAACAUCAUUCCAAGGAUAUUUAGGGAACGCUAAAGAGACAAGAUCUAAGGUUAUUAGAAAUGUUUUCAGAGAAGGUGAUGCUUGGUAUAGAUGUGGUGAUCUUUUAAGAGAAGACAAGUAUGGAUUAUGGUAUUUCCUUGACAGAAUGGGUGAUACUUUUAGAUGGAAAUCAGAAAACGUUUCCACUACAGAAGUAGAAGACCAGCUUGCAGCAAGUAAUGAAAAAGAAAUAAAACAUGUAACAGUUGUAGGCAUUAAGAUCCCUAAUUAUGAAGGUAGAGCUGGGUUUGCAGUUAUUCAGUUGGAUAAAGAUGUAUCCUCUUUAUCUACUGAAGAAAAAACUCUGCUUUUAAAUAAAUCAUUAGAAUAUUUAAAACAUUCACUACCUAAAUAUGCCCUGCCAAUUUUAGUCAAAUUUGUUAACAAGAUUGAAAUGACAAAUAACCAUAAGGUUAUAAAAAAAAUUUAUAGGGACCAAAAAUUACCUAACGGCGAAUCAGGUAAUGACAAAUUAUUUUGGUUAAAAAAUUAUAACGAAUAUAAACAACUUACCUCAGAAGAUUGGAAUGAUAUACAAGAAGAGCGUGUUAAAUUAUGA